AUGUCAUCUGCCAAGGUCCAAAAAAUCAUCAACGACAAUGGCGUCGUCGUCUUCUCCAAGUCAAAAUGCCCUUACUGCAACGAGACUAAGAGCACACUGCGGAGUCUGGAUACAGAGUUCCAAAUUCUGGAAUUAGAUCAGAUGAAGGAUGGCAGUGAUAUUCAAGACGCGUUGCAGGAAAUUACGAAGCAGCGCACCGUUCCGAAUAUCUUUAUUAACGGAAAGCACAUUGGCGGAAAUUCCGACUUGCAGAAACUGUCUACUAGCCAGUUGAAGGGAUUGCUGAAGGAGGCUGGUGCGAUGUAA